GUUGUAUUCGGUGGUGGUGGCCCGGGAUUGGUGGUUGAAGGUCAAGUCCCGCGAGGACUGGGGCGAGAUUAUCGAGGAGAUGGCACUGCCGAAGCGUUGCAUGAACAACGAGUUUGCGUGGAAGAAGAUUAACGUCUGGUUUUUGGACAAGUACGAGAAAGUUAAUUUUCACGGUGAGGAGAAGGAUCCGACGAAGAGGAGGACGAUGAGAAGCGGCAUAAUCGGAGGUGGUCAGCGCAGAUGUUGCACUCGGUGCCGGCGUUUUACAACACCGCAACUUUCUGCCCACAAACGCUCACCUCGCGACGGCGCAGCUCCAGCAGAAUGAACCAUAACAGCAACCGAAAAAUCUGUCAUUCUCAAAGGAGGAUGAAGGCCUCAUCAACCCACGUUCUGGAUGCGCUUCCAGGAUCGGGAACUCCCCGUUCAGGCACUUCACUUCCCAGUCGGGAAACGUCGACCACCCUUCCCGAAUCAACGGCCAACUCUUCCAAGACUGUCCUGAUGAAGGCCGGCAACGUGACCAUCCUGUUCUCUACACUGCUGUCGCUUGUCGAAACGUCCAUCCGGAACCGUUCAGACUGGGGUCUUCGGAAGUGACCGGUGGCGUACCGUAAGAAUCGGUACAGCUUGGACUCUGAUGUUGGCCAACCUUGAGCAGAAGCGUUAAAUGCAAUAAAAAAUGUUUUUUUUAGCAUGCUGUUUUAAAGUUUUAAAAAUAAAUAUAAAAAUCAAGCUCAUUUUUCUGAAAUUAUCACUGUAGUAUUAAAUGUUGUUUAUUCUUGCCAUAAAAGGUUUCUUUUCUAAUUAAAAGUAAAACACUUUUACCGAUACAACGAUUUUGUUCCAUAAAUGCAUGGUAGUAUCAAAAACUUUCCAACUUUUAAAUUAAAAAGUUUGAACUUUCUACGAAUAUUCACCAACGCGAACUUUUAAUCCAGCGAACGAUCUUUUUAAAUUUAGAGUAUUUUUUCUUU